AUGGUGUCAUCAGUGUCCGUGCUACUUUCGUCGAUUUUCCUCUUCUGUGAAGUGGCCGCUGCAGACGCUGCCGCGUCAGGAGGACCCGUGCGGGGCUGGCCUUCCAUAGAAAAGUGGCUGGUGUUGCUGAGCAAUGCCACGCGUCGGCCGCCAAUGAACCACGUGCGGAUAGCGGCAGCGCAGAUGGAAGAUGCAGGACACAUGGCAGGAUCGCGUCCCGAAAGCCUAGAGACCUGCUUGGCACACGUGACGGCGCUGGCGGGCGGCGAGGCACUGCUGCCAUGCGACCUGUCCCCUGACAACGACUCGGUUGCACUGGUGUUGUGGUACAAGGACGCGCUGCCCACGCCCGUCUACUCGGUGGACGCCCGGCGUGGGGACGUGUCGCAGGCGCGACACUCGUCCAUCGCCUGGGGCACGCGCGCCUACUUCGUCACCCAGCCGACACCCGGGCUGAGGCUGCAGGACCUCGCGGUGACGGAUUCGGGCGUGUACAGGUGCCGCGUCGACUUCAGAAAAGACCGCACGCGCAACCACGAAACGUCGCUGCUUGUCAUCGGUGAGUAA